AUAGUGAGAGUGAAAAAGAGCGGGAGUUGGAGAUUGAGAGGAUGGGUAAAGGAGCGUAAAGGGGUAACACACACAAUCGAGAGAGGGAGUGAAAGAGGGAGCAGAGUGAUAGAGAGAGAGAACUGUGAAAUCAGCCAACACUCCCAGACGCGAGGUUCUUGAUUACUGUCAAGCGCGCACACCAUUCGGAUAUCACUCCUGUGACAGCCAGGAUGAGUUCGUGCAGUAGCAGAGCGCUGACCAUCCUGUCCACGGUGUUUGGGGCGUGUGGUCUGCUGCUGGUGGGCGUGGCUGUGUCUACAGACUACUGGCUGUUGAUGGAGGAGGGCAUCGUGCUGCAGCAGAACCAGAGCAUGGAGGUCAAGAUGGCCCUGCACUCUGGCCUCUGGAGGGUCUGCUUCGUGGCUGGGACAGAGAACGGGAGAUGUGUGGCGUCAGAGUAUUUCACUGAGCCAGAGAUAGAGAUCACCACAGAGAAUACUGCUAAUAUUCUGAAGAUGGUGCGGACGGCCACUCCGUUCCCCAUGGUGUCUCUGCUCUUCGUCUUCACGGCCUUUGUCAUCAGUAACAUCGGACACAUCCGGCCCCAGCGCACCAUCCUGGCCUUCGUCUCCGGGAUCUUCUUCAUCCUCUCAGGCCUGAGUCUGGUGGUGGGGCUGGUGCUCUACAUCUCCAGUAUUAAUGAUGAGGUGAUGAACAGACCGAGGGAGCCUGAACAGUUCUUCAACUACCACUACGGCUGGUCGUUUGCCUUCGCAGCCUCCUCCUUCCUACUCAAGGAGGGGGCUGGGGUGAUGUCAGUCUAUCUGUUUAUGAAGCGUUAUGCUGAGGAGGAGAUGUACCGCCCCCACCCAGCCCUCUACCGCCCCCGUCUGUCUGAGUGCAGCGACUACAGCGGCCAGUUCCUCCACCCUGAGACCUGGCCUCCUCCUAAGAGGGGCCGCAGUGACUCCCGGGCCUCCAGCGACAUCUCCAUCCAGAUCAACCAGACCCCCCCGCAGCCCACCAAAAAACCCCUGCAGGGCAACCAAGGUGGGGGCAUGGGGUCCAACAUGGGCCCUGGGUCUGGGUCCUCCUCUGGAGCUAGCUACCAGCUGCCCCCACCGUCUGGGGCCUACAACACCCACACACUCCAACACCAACACUCACACGGUAACUCCCAGGCUAUGGCCAUGCCCCCUUCCACCGGCCCCCCUCAUUACCACACACACAUGCACAUGGACGCCUCCCCCUGUUAGAGAGAGGGAGCAAGGGACAGAGGUGCACUGAUGGUGGCCUAUCACUCCCAUAGACACACACACAUUUAUGAUGAAAAACAAUAUACAGUAUAUAUAUAGAGAGAGUAAUGGUAUAGGGGGAGAUGGAGAGAGAUGGAGGGAGGUGUAGAUGGAGGUAGGGAGAUGCAGGCAGCUGGAGAUGGACAGAAAAGAGGGAGGGAGAAAGUAAGUGUGAAGAGCAAGAAAGAUGGAGUAAGUGUGAAAAGGGAGAAGGAUUCAGGGAUUAGAGUUAACAUACAUUUGGUAUUAAAAGCUGAGAGAUGGGCAGAGAGAGAGAAAGAGGGUUCAGGAGAGGUGGAGGAGUUGUCAAGGAUAGAGAGAUGAGGGGGGUGGAGAGAAAGUGACGGAGAAAAAAGUAUGUGAUUUCUUGAAAGACUUUAGAGGUUAGCAUCUGUGACAAAAGGGGCUGAGAGGGAGAAAGGAAGAGACAUUGAGAAUGAGAGAGACGGGGAGAGAGGGAGAGAGAGGGAGAAAGGGAGAGACAGGGAGAGAGGGAGAGACAGGGAGAAUGAGAGAGACAGGGAGAGAGGGAGAGAGGGAGAAAGGGAGAGACAGGGAGAAUGAGAGAGACUGGGAGAGGAAGAGAGAGGGAGAAAGGGAGAGACAGGGAGAAUGAGAGAGAGAGAGAGAGGGAGAAAGCGAGAGACAGGGAGAGAGGAAGAGACAGGGAGAAUGAGAGUGACAGGGAGAGAGGGAGAGAGAGGGAGAAAGGGAGAGAGAGGGAGAGAGAGAGAGGGAGAGAGAGGGAGAGAGAGGGAGAGAGUGGGAGAGAGAGGGAGAAAGGGAGAGACAGGGAGAAUGAGAGAGACUGGGAGAGGGAGAGAGAGGGAGAAAGGGAGAGAGAGGGAGAAAGGGAGCGACAGGGAGAAUGAGAGAGACUGGGAGAGGGAGAGAGAGGGAGAAAGGGAGAGACAGGGAGAAUGAGAGAGACAGGGAGAGAGGGAGAGACAGGGAGAGACAGAGAGAAUGAGAGAGACAGGGAGAGAGGGAGAAAGAGGGAGAGAGAGGGAGAAUGAGAGGCUGCAGCUAAACCUGAACCUACCGCAGUUCUGCGGAAACGAGGGAUUUGUAUUCACUUGAGAUGUACAACGCUAAACACUGUCUUUCACACACUUAUAUGUGCAUAGGUUUAUACAUAUACUUAUCCAUGGUAAUGAUAAUAAUAAUAACUUGAGUUAAAAUAAUAAAACAAUAUUAGAAUAUCUGUAAGAAUAUAUGAAUGUUUUUUUAAAUGUUUGAAUACACAUUAACAUGAAUAUGACGAUGUUCUGAAAUCUAUAGGGGAGAAUUCUACUGUAUUUGUAAAUAUAAUAUUAUAUAUCUAGCUGAAGUGAAUAUGAAUAUGUGUAUGUGACCCGGGGAGUGAGUGGAAUGAUAUUUGAAAGAUAAUUCAUUUUGAUCUUGAUGAUGUACAUAUUAUUGCAAAUAUAUACAAUUAUUGUAUAUGGUUGAAUUGCUGUGAAUUGACACAGUGUGACAGAGUCAGAACUGAAAUCAACCCAAAAUUUUACCCUGACAUUGGAUUUAGGUGGGUGAAGAAAAUACAUAAUUUCCUUAUGUUAAUGACUUUUCUCAAAUCCAGUCAAUUUUCCACAUUGAGUCAACAUCAUCACAUUAAAUUGUGUGGUUGAAAUGACGUGGAAACAACGUUGAUUCAACCAUUUUUUGCCCAGUGGGGUGUUUCAACAGUUUGGUACGAUGUGAAAGAACUGAACAGGAGAAAGCAAUAGCAUGGUAUACGUCCGUCAUAUAGUUUUUUCAUGUUCUAUAUCUCUAAGAACAGAUAGAGGAGAGGAGAGGAGAGGAGAGGAAAGGAGAGGA